GGGUAGAAUCAGCGCCAGGCGCAGUUGGACGCAGCCCAGGUUGACCGCAACCAUCGCACCUCGCAAGCUCACGUCCAGAAGAGUCCGGUUGACAGUGCGGUAAAGCUACGAAGACACACCGCAAAUCUCGUACAUACACAGCUAGUCAAUCAUGGCCCUCCAACGCCACGUCGAGCCGGCGCCUGUCGCCUCCACCGCAGUCUUCCACAAGGACCUCUUCAAGGGAAAGGUCCUCUUCUGUACCGGCGGCGGCUCUGGUAUCUGCAAAGCCAUGACCGAGGCGGUGAUGAGGCACGGCGCCCACGCCGCCAUCGUCGGCCGCAAGCUAGACCGCCUCACCGCGAGCGCAAAGGAGCUCUCCGAGGCGACUGGGAACCAGUGUCUCCCCGUGCAGGCCGAUGUCAGGGACCCGAAGCAGGUGCAAGACGCCGUCGCAAAGACGGUUGAGAAGUUCGGGCGGAUCGACUUCGUUAUUUGCGGUGCCGCUGGGAACUUCCUCGCUCCCAUCUCCAAACUUUCCGAGAACGGGUUUAGGACAGUGAUCGAGAUAGACACGCUUGGAACGUACUACACCAUCAAGGCCACCCUGCCCCACAUCCGGGCCACAAAGGGAUCCUACAUCCACGUCAGUGCGACUCUGCACUACAGGGGAACGCCCUAUCAGGUCCAUGUCUCCGCCGCUAAAGCAGCCGUCGACGCGACGUCCACGGUGCUUGCCGUCGAGGAAGGGCCCCAUGGCGUGCGCUCGAACGUCAUCGCGCCAGGGCCUAUCGGCGGCACGGAGGGCAUGGACCGGCUGAGCGCGCGGGACGCGAGCGGGAAGAAGCAGACGUGGGGCGGCCCGCUCGGGCGCGACGGCGACGUGGGCGACAUCGCCAACGCCACCGUCUUCCUCUUCAGCGACGCGGCGCGCUUCAUCACUGCUCAGGUGAUCGUCGUCGACGGCGGGUGCGAGCACGUGCGGCCCGACCCGCUGCCGUACCCCGAGUCUGUGCUCGACCCGGACGCGGUCGCGAAGAUGAUCAGGCCGCGGCUGUAGACGGCGCGAUGCUCACUAGGACGGAUCUUGGGCGACGACGCUAUGCGUGCCGCCCUGUGGGUGCUGACCCAGGGCACAUUCUCGCACGGUCGCUGUAUACACGGAUAGCACGAACAAUGUACGCGUAGCGAAUACGUACGGAUCUGCGCUCUCGUCAUUCCAUCCCGCGCACGGCGGCGGGCCCGGGUCCCACACUCCCAUGCGAGCGAAAGAGGCAAGUGUCUACGAUCGCGCGGGCGCUCAGAAGGGCAACAC